CUUUCCUCGUGUUAUAGGCUUCGUCGUUCUCCUCUGCUCGCAUAGUGUGAGUGUUCGGCAAUAUUCUGGAGACUACGACUUAACUAAACUGACGAAUUGGUACAACAGACAAGUCCUAUGCAAUUAUUACGACGGUAAUCUCUUUUUACGAAUGCAUUAUUUGCAUUUGUCAAAGAAAAGAGUGGUAUCCGGCAGUUUUGAAUAUGAUUUGUCAUCUUGGCUAAUGCACAAAAAGGGUACAGCUACUUAUUCAGACGCGAAUACAUGGUGGGCUGCCAUAAGAAAAGAGUUUAUCCUGAUUUUUAAACCCGUUUUUGAGGGUUUAAAGAUAAUGCAUUUAAGGGAAGAGUACCACGGAAACUUAGAUUCAGAAAGUUGCAUUAAAAUUAUAUGUGAGAAUGGAAAUGUGAUACGUGGAAUUCUCACCAACAUGAAGGAGAAAGGUGGAUCUAAAUCUUAUUUUCGAGAGGCAGAUGCCCAGCACUUGAGGAAAAUCAUCAAGAAAGUUAUCACAUUCCCAUUUAUAGGGACUUCUGAAUCUGAAUCAUCUAACGAGGAAGUUCGUGAUUUGUGUUUACAGCAACUCGAGGCUUAUUCGUGGGUGACGGACCUAAGGAUCAAGUGGAGUCUUGAUCCAGUCCUUUUUUGGGAUACGAGGAGAAGGAUACAAUUUUUGGAGGCGAUCGAUUGGUUGUACCACCGUAAUGUACCCCCACCGUCAGUCGUUAGAUCCACCCACAAGUACUGGACAUGGGAUAUACUUUGCAAUGAUCAGGUGUUAGUUGAUGUUUAUUUCCAUGAACAGCAAGAUCGUACGGUGACGCCUCAAAAGUAUAGUCAGAAACAUAAUUUAAUAAGAUUUUAUAGGAAUUGUAUCCACCAUGCUGAUUUGAAACGGACAGGUCAACUGUCCUUUUGAGAUUCAUAAGCUGUUUCUGGUGCAUUAUGAUGUUUUCCUACCAAGCAUACGCACCGCGACUGAUGUUUUUCGAUUUGUAACAAAAUCUUCAUCUUCAAAAUCUUCAUCUUCAUUUAUUGAAGAGUUAAGAAGGUCAUUCGCACAACAAUUCAACUUAUAGGUUGACAGCAUAUGAGGAAUCUAUUGUAUAUUGUGCUAAUUCCUUUAAUUUUAUGAGGCUUUUGAAAAUGCAUACGUUGCAGUCAUCUUGUUUUUUAAAUU